AUAACAAUGCAAGCAAUUAGGUGAUUGGGACCACAUACAUACAUACAUACACACAUACAGACAUAUUUAGCUUGUAUGAUUAAUGAUAAAAGAUGUUUGGAUUUUUGGUGUUGAUUAAUCGUUUGGGUAGUCGAGCAGUGAACGAAAACAUUUGAAAAUCCAGUGUUAUUUGAUCUAACUCGAAAUAAGUACAUAUAUGUAGUAAAUUCGAUAAUCGAUAGUUUGUUAGGGGCCGGGCUGGCAGCAGUUGUUCCAUAACUAACUGAUUUUUUGGCUUUGCGUAGCUUUAAUGCACAUUCAUCUGCUGGUUGUUCAGACACUUGGAAGUCGUAGUAGACUUGGGCAGCAAAAUUCAAUAAAAUUUAUACUGAAGGCUUUGACGAUCGAAUCUGAAGACCCGGUUAAGAUGGAUAAUGGAGAAAUCCGCGAUUUUGCCAAUGCGAAUGAGGGCGCAAUUGAGUCAAUCUCGACGUUUAAGUCAAAGAGCAUGGAUUCGAGGGCACCGUUAAAUGUGACACCAGGCACCGGGACUGCACUGAGCCCUCUGUCCAUAUGCGUCGAAGAUCUACCAGAUGAGCACCAGCAAGUGGAUGAGCAGGCCGAGGGCGGCAAUCAGCAGCCGUCUGGUGGUGAGUCAGAGCAGGCAGCUGCUCCAUCAGCUGCUGACAGUGGCAAGGGACAGGCUCAGGAGCAGCCGAGCAAGAAGGGCUGCGACAAGUGUGGCAAGAAACUUGGUCUGACCGGCGGAUUCCCUUGCCGUUGCGGUGGCACCUUUUGUGCCGUCCAUCGCUAUAGCGAUCGCCAUGAUUGCACCUUCGACUAUCGUGAAAUGGGCGCCAACGAGAUACGCCGCGAUAACCCAUUAGUUGUGCCUGAGAAGCUCCGCAAGCUUUAGUGAUAGAGCAACUGAACGCCGGCUUGGCCCUUCCGUAAAUUGCAGUUGUUAUUGUUCUAUUAUCAUUAACACAGUUUUUGGCAUGAGGCAUUCACCACCUAAAAGCACACACAGAAGGAACCGAGUGAGGGCAACAACAAACACAGAACACUCAUCGAAAUGAAACAUCGAAGGCAUAAUGCAUAUUCAAUCUUCAAGCUGUAGCUAUUAUGUAAACCUUUAACUACGAAUAAUCCAAGUGCCUCAAGUUAAGUUUAAAGAUAUUCUUACUUAUAUUCUUAUUUUGCAAAUUACAGCCAACUGUUAGUUAUAAACCUCGGCCAAGUAGUAUGUAAAUUACUUAAUCUUUAGAAAAUAGUAAUAUAUUAUAUAAGUCAAUAUAUGAGUGACCAAAAGCUUGGCCUCAAAGAUGUUCCUUCUAUAUCAAUAUUAUAUAAGUAAAUAUAAGAAUAAAAUGUCAAUAUAUGAAUGACCAAAUGUUUCUUCA